CAAGACUGUUUCUUUGAAUGAAUUGCUUAACUUCUUCGACUUGGGAAGAUUUGAUGAUCGUUUGGUAAUUUAUUUUGUUGGUGGAUUUGAUGUGUUUGGGCGAAUUUUUUGUGAAUUCUGUUGAUGGCAGUUUAGAUGUGAUUGGGUGGUUUGGACCAAUUUGAAAACUUGCUCUUUCGUUUUGUUUGGAUUGGGGUUCUAAUAUCACUGGAGACUGGAGCUUGGGUUUUUAGAGGGUUCUAGGGUUUCUGAUUUGAGUGCAAGAUAUCUUUUCCUCAGGGUUGUAUUUUGUGUUUUUUUUUUAAAUUGGAAAAGGAAUAAAAAGUAUAAAUUUGGAACUGUUAAUCAAAUACGAGGAAAAGAUUGGUUCUUUCCAUUUUCUUGGAAAGUUUGUUUUUCUUUGAGACUAAACUAUCAGAGAUAUGGAAAUUUUUUCUUUUCUUUAUAUUCCAUUGCAAUUCUUUGCACCCAAAGAGAAGGUUGGAUGUAACUUUCAACUGUUGUUUUUUCUUCAAAAAGUUAUUGAGUUAAAUCCAAUUUUUGGAAUGCAGGUCGUUCUAAUUAUAAAUGCGUUUGUAUGUUGCAGAGUUUUUGAUGUAACAUGGGGUAUGAUUCUGGAAGCACCUCCCAUGAUGGCCGGGAUGAAGAUGAUGAGGAUGAAUAUGAGGAGGCUGGUGGGGGUAACCGUCUUUUGGGAUUUAUGUUUGGAAAUGUUGACGGCUCUGGUGAUCUUGAUGUUGAUUACCUUGAUGAGGAUGCAAAGGAGCAUCUUGCUGCGCUGGCUGACAAGCUCGGGACAUCCCUUUCAGAUAUAGAUUUGUCAGUGAAAUCACCACAUUCUUCUGUUGAUGCUGCUGAACAAGAUUAUGAUGAAAAGGCUGAAGAUGCAGUUGAUUAUGAAGAUAUUGAAGAGCAGUAUGAGGGACCAGAGAUCCAAGCUGCCACCGAAGAGGACUAUUUGUUGCCAAAAAAGGACUACUUUCCUUCACAAUUUUCUGUGGCUAAUUUGGAGAACAAAACUUCUGUGUUUGAUGAUGAAAAUUAUGAUGACGAUGACGAUGACGAUGACGGUGACGGUGAUGGUGAUGGUGAUAAUGAAGAUACUGAAAAACAACAUGAGGUGGUGGAUAAUAAUGUUGGAUUUCAAACUAUUUCUUCAUCAGGUGAGCACAACGAUAAUCUUGGGGUGCUUGCUGAAGUGGAAAAUCCAGAGUAUGAUCUGUCUAUGGACACUUUUCAAACUGCCAAUUUGGCUACUGAUAUGGCAGAUUUUCUGGAGGAGGAUGUUCUGAACGAGUCACUUGAUGGUAAAAGUUCAACACCACUACCUGUCCUUUGCAUACAAGAAGGGAUGAUGAUUUUGCGGUUUUCAGAAAUUUUUUGUAUUAAUGAGCCUCUGAAGAAUGCGGAGAAGAGGGACCAUAGGUAUUCUGUUUGUAAGGAGAAGUAUAAGACCUUGGAUCCUUCUGAUAUUGUGGAAGAGGAUGAAGAAGCAUUUUUGAAGGGAUCUAGCCAACGUGUUUCUUGUGUAAGAUGGGCAGAGGUAACUCAAGAGGACGCAUUAUCAUUGAUGGACGAUGAGAUAGAAUCAGCAAAAAUUGGGGUUGUUCAGGGGCCUGGCACAAUAGCUCCAGAAGUAGAUGAGCAAAGGAAGGACUCUUGUCAUAGUGCUGAACCAAUGAAAGAGGAGGUUGCGUUCAAUUUGUCGGAAUGGAAUUCAACUUUGUCUCCUAAAUUUUACCCUCUUGAUCAGCAAGACUGGGAGGAUAGAAUUAUUUGGGACAAUUCUCCGACAGUUAGUGACAAUGCUACAGAGAGUUGUGAAAUAUCUGGCCUAGACUUAGAAACUUUGGCUGAUAAACAAACAGAAAUGGAGGUUGCAUCACAAAUUUUUCGGCCAGAAUUUCAGUUGGAGCCUGAUGAAAAGGAUCAUAGUUCUUUUCUGCAUAGCUGUCCUGUUUCUCUGGAGUCUUUUGGCUCGAGAAUAUUUUCAGAAGCAACAGACCCUAUCUCCUCAAAGAGUAUAUAUCAUCCCCAACUUUUGAGGCUGGAAUCUCGGUUGGGUAUGGAUAAUCACCAUUCAGAUGUUAGAAAGGAUGGUGCCACCGAAGAGAUUCUGAGGAGUGAUGCCAUACGGCGUUUUAACUAUCUUGCUUUGCAGAACAGAGAUGUACUGGAAGGAUCUUGGUUGAACAAUAUAAUUUGGGAACCACGUCAUUCUAUUUCGAAGCCAAAGCUAAUUCUUGAUCUGCAAGAUGAACAAAUGCUUUUUGAAAUUUUAGAUAACAAGGAGUAUAAGCAUCUUCGGCCUCAUGCAGGGGCUAUGAUCAUAAGUCGUUCUACAAAGUCCAGUGGUGGAGAUUCUCUUGAGCUACAUUGUCCUGGAGGUCCAUCUGGUGGGCGGUUCAAUAUUGCUAAUGACAAAUUCUAUUCAAACAGGAAAUCUUCUCAGCAACUGAAAUCACAUUCUAAAAAACGCACUUCUCAUGGUCUUAAAGUUUUGCAUUCAAUACCUGCACUUAAGCUGCAGACAAUGAAACCAAAGCUAAGCAAUAAAGAUAUUGCACAUUUUCAUCGACCAAAAGCAUUAUGGUAUCCACAUGAUAAUGUAGUCGUGCGCAAGGAACAAGGAAAGCUACCUACACAAGGACCAAUGAAAAUCAUAUUAAAGAGCUUGGGAGGCAAAGGAAGUAAGCUUCACGUGGAUGCUGAGGAGAACAUUUCUUCAGUCAAAGCAAAAACUUCAAAGAAGUUGGAUUUCAAACCAUCUGAACCUGUGAAAAUAUUUUAUUCUGGAAAGGAGCUUGAAGACCACAGAUCUCUUGCUGUGCAAAAUGUUCAACCAAACUCCUUACUGCAUCUGGUACGUACAAAUAUACAUUUGUUGCCACGGGCACAGAAGCUUCCUGGUGAGAAUAAGUCUUUGCGUCCUCCUGGGGCAUUUAAGAAGAAAUCCGAUCUUUCAGUGAAAGAUGGCCAUGUUUUCCUGAUGGAGUACUGUGAGGAAAGACCUCUACUCCUGGGAAAUGUGGGAAUGGGUGCAAGGCUGUGUACCUACUACCAGAAAUCAGCACCAGGCGAUCAAUCUGGCAUCUUGUUGCGUAGUGGAAAUAAUAAUUUGGGGAGUGUCAUCAUACUUGAUCCUGCUGAUAAAUCUCCGUUUCUUGGAGAUAUAAAAGCUGGUUGUAGCCAAUCAUGUCUUGAAACUAACAUGUAUAGAGCUCCUAUAUUUUCUCAUAAAGUUCCAUCAACUGACUAUUUGUUGGUUCGUUCUGCAAAGGGAAAGCUUUCCAUCAGACGCAUCGACAGGAUUGAUGUUGUUGGACAACAGGAGCCUCACAUGGAAGUAAUGUCUCCUGGAUCAAAAACUGUUCAGACAUACAUCAUGAACAGGCUAUUGGUGUACAUGUAUCGUGAGUUUCGUGCUGUUGAAAAGGGUAGCUUGCAGCCUUGCAUACGUGCGGAUGAGCUGUCUGCCCAAUUUCCUAGCUUGUCAGAAGCCUUUCUUCGGAAAAGGUUAAAGCAUUGUGCUGAUCUGCAGAAGGGAUCAAGUGGGCAUCUUCUUUGGGCUAUGAGGCGCAGUUUUCGCCUUCCAUUGGAGGAGGAACUGAGGAGGAUGGUGACACCCGAAAAUGUCUGUGCCUAUGAAAGCAUGCAAGCUGGCCUGCACAGGCUGAAGCGUUUGGGGAUUACCAGGCUGACUCAUGCCACUGGCCUUUUGUCUGCAAUGAAUCAGCUUCCUGAUGAAGCGAUCGCUUUAGCUGCUGCAUCACACAUCGAGAGGGAACUGCAGAUAACUCCAUGGAACUUGAGUAGCAAUUUUGUUGCCUGUACAAGUCAGGACAGGGAAAAUAUUGAGCGUUUGGAAAUUACUGGUGUUGGUGAUCCAUCAGGACGGGGCCUAGGUUUCAGUUAUGUCCGUGCUACUCCAAAAGCACCGAUAUCCAAUUCAACAUUGAAGAAAAAAACGGCUGUUAGUCGAGGAGGUUCCAAUGUAACCGGAACAGAUGCUGAUCUACGUAGAUUGAGCAUGGAAGCUGCACGAGAGGUUCUCCUUAAGUUCAAUGUUCCAGAGGAGCAAAUUGCAAAACAGACAAGGUGGCAUCGAAUUGCUAUGAUACGCAAGCUUUCAAGCGAGCAAGCUGCGUCAGGAGUCAAGGUUGAUCCAACAACUAUCAGCAAAUAUGCGCGUGGCCAGCGGAUGUCCUUUUUGCAGCUGCAGCAGCAGACUAGAGAAAAAUGCCAGGAAAUUUGGGAUCGACAAGUUCAAAGUCUUUCUGCCGUUGAUGGUGAAGAACAUGAGAGUGACUCUGAAGCAAAUAGUGAUCUGGAUUCCUUUGCUGGAGACUUGGAAAAUCUGCUGGAUGCAGAAGAAGGGGAAGAAGGGGAAGAGGGUAAUUACGAGUCUAAGCAUGACAAUGCAAAUGGCGUCAAGUGGCUUAAAAUGAGGAGGCGACCAUCUCAAGCUCAGGCAGAAGAGGAAAUUGAAGAUGAGGCUGCAGAAGCAGCAGAAUUAUGCAGGAUUCUCAUGGAUGAUGAUGAAGCUGAGCGGAAGAAGAAGAAAAAAACAAAAGCUGUGGGGGAGCAAGUGGGAUCUGCUCCAGGUUCACAAUCAAGAUUUGGUUUUGACUAUGCCGAACGGGUUAAGAAAGCUAGAUCGGUUGUCAAGCAAAUCACCCAACCUGAUGGACCAUAUGCAUCGAAUGAGUAUAUCAUCAAAGACCAAAUGGAGGAGGAAAGUUUUCCUGUUAAAAGGGCCAUGUCUGGAAAGGUAAAGGCUAAGAAAAAGAAUGACAUUACACACAUGGGAUUACUCAAAAAGAAAGUUAAGAUAUUGGGCGAUGGAAUUACGAUUCUCAAGGAAAAGAAAUCAGCCAGAGAAAGUUUUGUCUGUGGAGCUUGUGGUCAGCUUGGUCACAUGCGGACCAAUAAGAAUUGCCCCAAGUAUGGAGAAGAUUUGGAAGCCCGAAUUGAAAGCAUAGAUGCAGAAAGGGUGUCUGGGAAAUCUAUAUCUUCAGAUCACAUGGCUCAGCCCCAACAGAAAAUUCUUACAAAGAAGUUCAUACCAAAAAGUGCAACAAAAAUUGCUCUGGUAGAAGCUCCCGAGGAUGAGAAGCCAGGUUUGAAGGCAAAAGUUCUGAAGGUCAAAUGUGGCUCCACGGACAAGAUUCCUGAGAAACAUACUGCUGCUAGCUCACAGAGCCCAGAGAUACCUGUAACAUCAGAUGCUGAAACUGGGGACAAGCCUUUUGUCAAAGUUCAUAAAAUCAUUUUUUCCAAGAAGAGGAAACCUGCAGAUGUCCAGGUUGAGUCUCACAAGCCUUCUAUUGUAAUAAGGCCACCGAUGGAGGCAGAUAGAGACUUGCCUUGCAAGAAAAUCGUAAUAAAAAGACCAAAGGAGGUAAUUGAUGUGGACCAAAUUAGUCAGGAAGGAAGCACUGGCCUUGAAUACAGAAAGACAAAGAAAAUUAUUGAGUUGUCAAGUUUUGAGAAGCACAGGGAGCAGGAAAACAAACAUUUUCAUGAUGAGCCAGCAAGGAGGAAAACUAAAGAGGAUAAACGAUGGUGGGAGGAGGAAGAGAAGAGGAGAAUUGCUGAGAGACAUAAAGAAGAGAGGGUUAGGAGGCUACACGAGGAACAAACGAGGGCACUGGAAGAGCAAGAAAGGUUAGAUGAGCUCAGAAGAUAUGAAGCUGCCAUUAGAAGGGAGAGAGAGGAGGAAGAACGUCAGAAAGCAAAGAAGAAAAAAAAGAAGAAAAAGCCUGAGAUGAGAGAUGAGUACUUAGAUGACCUCCGGCCAAGAAGAAAUGACAGGAGGAUAACUGAAAGAACGGUGAUGAGGAGGUCAGUAGAAAUGGGUGGGUAUGGUACAGAGUAUAUCCCACCCACAAAACGCCGUAGAGGGGGAGAGGUUGGUUUGGCAAACAUUUUAGAGAGCAUUGUGGAGACCCUCAAGGACCGGUACGAGGUGUCCUACCUCUUUUUGAAACCGGUGUCCAAGAAGGAAGCUCCUGACUACCUGGACAUCAUAAAGUACCCUAUGGAUCUGUCCACUGUCAAGGAGAAGGUGAGGAAGAUGGAGUACAAGAGCCGAGAGGAAUUCAGGCAUGACGUAUGGCAGAUCACCUAUAAUGCCCACAAGUACAAUGAUGGUCGCAACCCAGGUAUUCCUCCCCUUGCCGAUCAACUUUUGGAGCUUUGUGAUUACUUGUUAAAUCAGAAUGAUUCGGGCUUGACAGAAGCCGAAGCUGGCAUUGAAUAUAUGGACACGUAG